AUUCGGAGAAUUAAAAUGGAGGGUGACGAUAUCUCAUGCUUCAGAAACCCUAAUCUGGCUGUGAGGUCUCUGGGAGGGGAAGAGGGGGAGCUUAGCGUCGUCAAAGGUCUUUUUACUAGCGCACCGUUCGUGGUUGCAGCUCUCUCAGGUGCAGCACGAGCUCGGAGCUCACAACUAUCCACGAUGGCAUCAGCUGCGGCUCGCCCUCUGGUGACUGUGCAGGGCGUCGAUGGGGCCGACAAGGGUGCCCAGGCAACUCUGCCUGCCGUUUUUCUGGCACCAAUUCGCCCUGAUGUGGUUGCGACUGUGCACACCGCAUUGGCGAAGAACAAGAGGCAGCCUUACGCUGUGAGCACCAAGGCUGGUCAUCAGACGUCCGCAGAGUCAUGGGGUACCGGGCGCGCCGUGUCUCGUAUCCCAAGGGUCCCAGGAGGUGGAACGCACCGCGCCGGACAGGGAGCUUUCGGUAACAUGUGCCGAGGCGGACGCAUGUUCGCGCCCACGAAGAUCUGGCGCCGCUGGCACCGGAAGGUGAACCUAAAUCAGAAGAGGUACGCUAUCGCGUCCGCAUUGGCCGCUUCAGCGGUUCCUUCGUUGGUGCUAGCUAGGGGUCACAGGAUCGAGCAGGUUCCGGAGGUUCCAUUGGUAUUGGGCGAUGGUGCAGAGGGUAUUGAGAAGACUUCUUUGGCUGUUAAGUUGUUGAAGAGCGUAGGUGCAUAUACCGAUGUCGAGAAGGUUAAGGCGAGCCAUGCCAUUAGGGCUGGUAAGGGUAAGAUGAGGAACAGGAGGUACGUCUCCCGCCGUGGACCUCUGGUUGUCUACGGUACCGAGGGGGCCAAGCUUGUGAAGUCAUUCAGGAACAUUCCUGGUGUUGAGGUUGUUUCGGUCAACCGAUUGAACCUUCUCCAGCUCGCACCAGGUGGUCAUCUUGGACGGUUUAUCGUCUGGACUAAGUCUGCUUUUGAGAAGUUAGACUCUAUCUACGGCACCCAAGAGAAGAAGUCCCUUCUCAAGAAGAACUACAGUCUCCCUCGCAACAUCAUGGGUAACCCCGACUUGGGUAGAAUCAUUAACUCUGACGAGGUUCAGAGCGUCGUUCGCCCGACCAAGUCUGACACUAAGAGACGGGCAUUGAAGAAGAACCCGUUGAAGAACUUGGGAGCUCUUCUGAAGCUUAACCCCUAUGCUAAGACCGCCAGGAGGAUGGAGCUAUUAGCUCAGGAGAGACAGGCCAAGGCUAAAGCCGAGAAGUUGCAAAGCAAGAGGUCCCAGAUUAAGCCCGAGGAGAAAGAAUUGAUCAAAAAGCAGGGUGCUUCAUGGUACAAGACUAUGGUUUCUGACUCAGAAUACACGGAGUUCGAGAACUUCACUAAGUGGCUGGGCGUCUCUCAGUGAAUACAGACUUGAUGCUUUCUUGUCACGUUCACUGGAUGUUACUCUUGCCCGAGUCAAGAGUAACUUCGGUAACUUUUGUAUGGGCGCGCUCAUAAUGAAACCAUGUCUGGACUUUAGAACUUUUGA